AUGCCUGACAUGCCCUGGAGAUCUGGAGCCGGCUACGACCACCGCGAGUAUACAGUCAAAGGUACUCCUCUGGCCGGCGAGAUUACGUCUUUCAAAAAUAAACCUUUCCACCGAGGACACGUUUACGGUGUCAUAUACCACGAGCUCAAGGUCACUGUUGGCACUGAGAAGGAACUGAAUGCAAACCUUGGACUCGAAUUCAAAGGUCUCAGCAUCACCGUUCCACCCGGAACGACCGCUUAUCUCUACCAGAAGGUAUACCGGUUCAAGACGUGGAUGUGGUUCAUCAAUGAUGCGUGGGCUGAACUGAAUCGGGUUGGCGGUUGGCAAAACUACUCACCUACCCAUGUGGAUGGAUAUGUUGCGAUUCAUGCCAUGGAGUGGUUCUCCAGUCCAACCGAAUUGACUGGAUCGGGCACUGUGUCUGCCGACGUUAUCACUAGCCAAGUCGACUUCAAGUGGACCAGGCAAUUCAACAACACGACUGAGAAGUGCCAGGAAUAUCUCCAGAGUCACGGUGCUACGAUUCCUAGUAGCUAG